AAGGAAGUCCCGACCGUCUCGUACCGUCAAUUCGUUCUCGACCGUCGCAGAAACCAACACUAGUGUGUUCUCGUGACAUAUCCUGCUAAAAAAAUCGUACUCCAAAUUAUUUUUGUUGGUCGAAACUCGGUAGUUUUCAAAAUAUUUUAUCGACAUUUUUACACUUCUGUUUUUCGGAUCCGGUCUCCCGCAAUCGACGCGUGACAUUGUCGCCAGUACUCGUCAUUUUGAGCACUGUAUAUUCAGCUGCAACGUACCCUUAAGUACCUGUACGCAGCGAUAGCCAAUAUGAGAUUCGCGAUAAUCGGAUUCUUAGUGCUGGUGAUGGGAGCCGCCGUCAAGGCGCACAUACACUUCAUCAGACUGGCUCUGCUAGCGGCCAUGGGACUGGCUGGCAUGUGGAUGAUGCACAAGCUCGCGCAAGAUUGGCACAAGAUUUCGUCCAGCAGGCCCGCCAAACCAGCAGCCAUGGCCGGAAGGCUUUUGGGACUAUGGAAGAGAUCCAUACCGGACGAGCACGUCAAUGCGUAUGUCGAAGAGUCACUACUGUCCGAUUUUUACAAAUUUGACGAAAUCCUUAGGCAAGACAGGUCGACGUGUGCGAGGAAAAUGAUAUGUCAAAUCGCGGCCACGCCUGAAAAACAGCUCAAUCAAGUGGAGAUCAAUCUACUCAAACUGCUCAGCCCCACCGAACACUUUGGCGAAAAUGUGGCAAAGAACAUAUUCCGAAAAGCAAUGGAAUUGGGACGGAGUAAAAAGAACGUUCAGGCAUGUCAUUCAGAGUAUAAAAAAUGCAGAUUCAACACGAGACAAAUGUUUAAAUUAUUCAGUUCGUUCAUGUGACCCUGACUCAUCAUUCUGCGCCCGUUUGUUUUCUACCGAUUCGACGAGAGCCUGUAAAUUAUGUGCCAAAUACGUGUAUUAUUACUACUACUAUUAUUAUAUUAUUUUUAUUAUUAAUAUUAAUAUGUAUUUUUUUUUUUUUAUUAAUCAUUUGAUCAACAGUAUGUAAUAUGUAAUUAAAUCAUAUGCAUAUGAUUUAAGCAAAGUUGAGCAAGUUAGUCAUUGUUUUUUUACCAAACAAAGUUAAAAAAUACCAAUAAAAUUAGAUUUAAAGUUGUUGUAUUAUCUUACAUUUAAAAAGUUUUUAGCGUAAGUAAAUUGGAAGUUAGUAAAGAUCCUUUACUAUCUACACUAAAUAAGAAUAUAAUUAUUAUGCAUAACUCAGCAUAAGCAUUUAAAAUAAAAAUUUGUAAAUGAAAAAAUUACCCAAAAACAACCCAUAAAAGAAAAACCAUUUCAUUUUCAUUUUUAGUGCAUUUAUUCAAAAUUAAAUCGAUUUAUAGUACAAAGUUAAAUUAGAAAAUUUCUUGAGAGUCAAUCUUACUGAUCAAGUCGUAAAGUUACCAUAACAAAUAACUAUCUACGUAAUUAGUAAGUGCUCAACUUUGAAUAUUGAUUGUAUACUUUAUAAUAUAGGUAUAAGGUAGGUACGUCUAGUAAGUUGUAAUAAAUCGUCAUUGUUAUUAUUAAUGUUUUACUAUAUUGCUAUAUUGUUAUCGCUAUAGUGGACGUGGAACCGUAUAAUAAUAUCAUUAUUAAUGUAUGGAAAAUUGUACCAAAAUAAAUACCAAUAUAAUAUAUUAUAUAGUAUAUACUAUAUAAAUAUAUUUUUUAGAGAAAUUCAAAGUAUCAAUAAUGUUCAAUUGGUCGUGAAUCUGUGAGAUAUUUGGAUCAAGAAGAUUUUUCGUUUUCACGGACCCUAUAUUUAUUUUAAUCGAACACUCAUUAACUUCUAGUUUUAUAAUAUUAUAUUGGUAUUGGUGUGUUAAGUGUAGUUGGCACAUUUUAUAUUAUAAUAGACAAUAUAUAGUACAUAAAUAUUAAUAUUAUAAUAUUACUUAUAUACUAUCAAUUAUCAUUAUAAUUGUCACAACUACAGUUCAAUAGAUGCAUACAAUUUUAUUAUACAAUUUUUAAUUUUGACUUUGAUUAAAAUGCAAACAUAUUGUUUUGAAUAUCCAUUUAUUUUUAAAAGUCAAUUUUUUCACAACAAUUUAUUAUUUUUCUUUUAUUCCUUUACAAAUAUACAUAUUGCAGUACGCCACUAUAACGUACAACGAGAAUAUUUUUUGUUUUUAAACCGAUCGUAUGACAUGGCAAUAAUAUAUUGUUUUAUACAAUAUGUAUUAUUAUUAUUAUUAUCAUUACUAAUUGUAUUGUUGUAUUAAGCAAUUUUCGAAUACACGCGCACGCAUAUAUGUAUAAUAUUGUACAGCCGGUGUGAUGUUGUAAAUAGUUAGCAUAUUAUAUUGCCGUUGAAUAAAACACAAUUUUACGAAUA